AGCAGGGCAAAGCACUGUAUAGGACAGCGUCAGAGAUACCGAACGCUCAAUAUUAACAUAUUUGUUAACCAUCUUGAACUCCACACCGACCUGUUUCCUCCCGGGAUUCAGUAAUCAAUCCCUGAGAGAGCAUCAUCUCUUUGGUUGGACGCCAAUGCUGCCCGCAGGCUCAUUCCAUCAUGGUUCGCAAGACGCUCCUCGCGGCGCUGCUCGCGUCCGCCUCCGCCGUCGGCCUGCGCGUGAGCGAGCGCCAGAAGAAGGAGAGGCUCACGCUCACGUUUGUCGGCUCGAGCAAGAACGCCACACAUUACGGCGACCCGGCGGACGGCUGCCUCAAGGACGAGACGGCGGUCCAGGUCCAGGGCCUGGGUGGAGAUUUCUGCACGCCGCCCUGCACCGGGCCCCUCAAGAGCACCUGCCCGACCGACGUGCCCAAGGGCGUGACCGCGGCGCCGGAGUGCGCGCUCCAGGACCAGGGCUCGGGCCAGGGCUACUGCGCGCUGGUCUGCAUUCCCGGAGGACACAGUGGCGCGAACCAGUGCGGCAAGGCCACGUGCAAGAAUGUUCAGCUCGGCAUCGGUAUCUGCACGUACGAUGACUGACUGAGAAUCAUAAGAUUGUGUAUUCAAAAGGGCCUUCUUACUUACUACAUCU